AUGCUGGAGCCUGGCUGGCUGCGGGGCAGCCUCGCCUCCGGAGCUGCUGCUCGCUUGGGCUGCUGAGCGCCGAGCGGACGCGUCCGUCCCCUGCCCUGGGGGCCGCCGCCGCUGCGAGAUGGGAAGCGAUUGCCCGGGGCUCGGCGCUGGAAAUGUAACGCAGAGGAGCUGCUCCCACUAACAGAUCGCUGACCUGUUAGCCCAGGUUGGCUUGUGGCCCCCCGGCAGCGGUACACCCCGAGCCUGCUGGACCACCCCUCUGGUGUCCCUAUGGAAGCAGCUGUUUCUAUCUGAGAUUAGGACCGUAUGCAGAAGUUGAGGAGGGGGAUGGCUUGUCCUAUUCAUGAAGCCUGCAUACUUCUAUUGCUAAUACUUGGGUUGGUCACCCCAGCUGCCAUCAAUCAUGAAGACUACCCUGCUGAUGAAGGCGACCAGACUUCAAGUAAUGACAAUCUGAUCUUUGAUGACUAUCGAGGGAAAGGCUGUGUGGAUGACAGUGGCUUUGUAUACAAACUGGGAGAACGUUUUUUCCCAGGGCAUUCCAACUGUCCUUGUGUCUGUACUGAGGAUGGACCUGUUUGUGAUCAACCAGAAUGCCCUAAAAUCCACCCAAAGUGUACUAAAGUGGAACACAAUGGAUGCUGCCCAGAGUGCAAAGAAGUGAAAAACUUUUGUGAAUAUCAUGGGAAAAAUUACAAAAUCUUGGAGGAAUUUAAGCCCUCUCCAUGUGAAUGGUGUCGCUGUGAGCCCAGCAAUGAAGUUCACUGUGUUGUAGCAGACUGCGCAGUUCCUGAGUGUGUCAACCCAGUCUAUGAACCAGAACAGUGUUGUCCUGUCUGCAAAAAUGGUCCAAACUGCUUUGCAGGAACCACCAUAAUUCCGGCUGGCAUUGAAGUGAAAGUGGAUGAGUGUAACAUCUGUCACUGUCACAACGGGGACUGGUGGAAGCCUGCUCAGUGUUCAAAACGCGAGUGCCACGGCAAGCAGACUCUGUAGAGGCAAAAUCCAGAUCAAUGACGAGUCUAUUAAAAGACAAAUGUAAUGGCUUCUACACUGCACAUGUUAAACCUCCUGCCAGCUGUGCUAGGGUCACCAGCAAAACCUUUUAGGGUUAACAAAAGUGAAUAUUUUGCUAACAGGAAAGUUCUCUCACACGCUGUAUACAGAAUAUAUAUCCAGUAGCUAGAUAUCUAAUCUGCUUUUGCUUGAUGGGGACUCAGUAGCUGAGGUUUUGGAAGGGAAAAUACCUGCACAGGUUCCUCCACCCAUAAUGCCUCCAACCUGCCAAUUAACUUGUAGCUUAUCUAUCACUUCCUACCGUAUGAAUUGCAUUUUUGCUGUUGUGAUUUUUUUUUUUUUUAGCAUCUUCCUAAACUUUCUCCCAGACAGGGUCUUCUGGGUAAUAAGGUUAUGGGUUAAACAAGAAUGAAUACUUUUUAAAUGUUUAAUUAUGCUAACAAAGAGAUGGGAGGUGGAGGGAUGGAUAGAUGGAAGAAAUCAACCUGGACUGUAAACUGCAGAAAGGUCGGACUAGAUGCACAGAGAAAGAGGGAUCAACCACACGCUAGAAACACACUGUCUGUGUUAUGCUUUCUCCACCAAGUGGGGACAAUCAAGUUGAAGAAAUCUACACAAUACUCAUGACCGAUACAUGAAAGCUGUCAAUCAAAUCACUAAACAAUGCCGGAUAACAUCAGUAGGUAGAUGUAACUCCCUUGAUACCAAUGAACGUGAUGGGGAAACACGAACCAAAAUAAUUUGGAAAAUGACACACACUAAGUUUGCAGCCGAGGUUGAAAAUGUGCCCCAUUUGUCACCAGCAUUCUCAAGCUCUUUGCUUUGGACUGUUUGCAAUCACUUGGGAUACACGUACAUUCCUGGUGUACCUGUGCUGCCUUACACCAGCGAUUAGUUUGGCCCUUUGUGGCUUCUGCUAGCGUAAACAGUGGGGUCAACAUGCGCAGACCCCUUGUGAAUCUAAUCAGCAUUGACACUAGCCCUCUGAUUUGGUUUCAACAUGCAGCUUCCCUGAGCUACAUCUGCAUUUACCUUGUCACGGUGCCCUCACCACUCUGCGCCAAACCCUCGUCUCACUGAAGUCAAGGCCAAAUUUCACGUGACCUCAGUGAGACCAAAGAUUUGGCCCACUGUUUCUAUUGCAAGUGCAGAUCUGAAUGCGUCUCUGACCACCCCCCAGUGAGAUUUCUGCAGCUGUUUUCUGGAGAUUUUUUU